UCAGCUCACCGAGCCCGGCUUCCUUACGUAUGUGCUCUCUCUCUCCCUUUCUCUCUCACUAUCACUCACUCUCUCUCUCUCUCUCUCUUUCUCUCUCUCUCUCUUUCUAAUUUUCUCUUUUACUCUCUUCCUCUCUUAUCCUCUCUCUCUCUCUCUCUCUCUCUCUCUCUCUUCCUCUUUCUCUCUCUCUCUCUCUCUAUCUCUAACUCUUUCUCUCUCUUGCUCUCUUUGUCCAUCUUUUUCUCACGGUGUGUCCUACGAAGAACGAGACCAGAACGAGAAUACGGACGACCGACGACGACCAGUCGUGUCGUUCUCGAUGUGCGCGCGCGUGCCGAUCGAUCGAAAAAUAGCCGGCGAGUGAGAGAGCGAACGAACAAGCAAGCGAGGAAGCGAGCGAAGGCGGUACUUCGACGAGAGCUACUCGUUUCGCAAGGUUCUCGCGAACGUCGUGCCGUCGGCUUUAAGAGCUCCAACGGCUCACGAGAAACUCCAAGAGGAAAAGGAAGAAGAAAGGAAGAAGAUGACGAAGGACAACAUCGCGAUGGAUUAUAAUACCCAACAUUCGAGCUGACCGAACGUUGAAAAGUUCAAUCGUCGAACGACGCCGAGUCUCUUCGUCAAUCUAUCUUCUCUCGUGUUGUCCUCGCGUCGUGUCGUGUCGUGCGCGCGCGCGCACACCCGACCGUCCACUGACCGUGCCGCGUUCGCUCCUAGUGUGUGUCGUGUGCUCUGCCUCAAGCACGUUGAUUUGUCGCCGCUUGAGAAAGGUGGGGAUAACGGGAGUGGGACAGGCUGUGCGUGCGUGCAAGAGAGACAGGCGGACGAACAAAGUGGGACGAAGAAAAAAAGGCACCACCUAGUGACAGUUUCUUUUUUUUCUCCCUCUCCCUCUCCCAUUACUUUUCCUACCUCUCUCUCUUUCUCUCUCUCUCUCUCUCUCUCUCUCUCUUUCUCUCUCUUUCUCUCUCUUUCUCUCUCUUUCUCUCUAUCCAUUUUUACCCUACUAAAAUGCUAAUUCUACGAUAGAGCGAGCGAUCCCUUAUUUCAAGAAGAAACGAUACUAGUGACUCUAAUUCGUACAGACUUGGACUUGGUUACGAUUUAUUUAGAUUAAGCGAAAGAGAUCCUAAACAAAUGACAGGACGGAUGUGUUUUUCUACAAGGAGAAAAAUCAAAAACGACGUUGCCUUUCGGGCGCAGGAAAAUUGUUCUCGUAGGCGGAGCUUAAGGUCGAGGACACGUGACACCGAGGAAACUGUCACGCCGCCCUUGUCCUCCCCCUCUCCAACCUCAGCCAAGGGGUUCUCCUCCUCUUCUACUUCGUCAUCCCCCACCAUACUUACCGUAUCUAUUCUACAUCGUUGGAUUCCCGAAAAGUUAGAAACGUGGAGGUGUGUUAUGCGAAGGAAGUGCCUUUUCUAUUUGAUCUAUCAUAGAAAUGGAGAAACUUUCAUUUCUCAUUGAAUCCUUUUCGUGUCUAAAACGUCCUGAAAUUUGGGAAGAAAAACGAUGACGACGGAGACACGUUUCUUAUGGUUUUCCUGGUGGAUUUUGAUUUUUCAUAUAGAGUCCCCAGACAUGCUUUCUUUUAGAUCAUACUUUGUUACACGUAUCACGUGGCGCGGAAGAUCGUUCAAGGUUUCAGGUUGAUGAAGAGAACGAUGAGAUUAUCGACGAAGGAGUGUCGAUCGGACACCUGAGAGAAAGAGAGAACAUCGUGGAGAAAAUGCAGCAAGCUAGCGUGGGUGGUUGUGACGGGGAUUUAGAUCAGCGGAGGAGUCCGUGUGCAAGGUCUCCGCAGGUGAAAUGCGAGCCGUCGAGCGACAACAGAACUAUUAGCAGUGAGCUGCUCGAUAACGGCAGAGUGAAAGUGAAGCUGGAGAUGCCGGAGCCUACUGAAGGUUACGAAUCCAAGACCGAAUCACGAGGAGAUGAUUAUCAUCAUCGUCCGGAUUUGGAUUAUGGUUAUGAACGAAAACCCGAAGCUUUUCUCGGAAAAUUCGAGAGCUCUGAUUAUCCUUCCCACUGUCAAGGAAUAGGAGGAGGAGGAAUAGGAACAGGAGGAGGAGGGGUAGUGACAGGAGGAGGAGGAGGAGGAGGGACAACAGGAGUAGGAUAUCAACGUCCUGAUAUAACAAAUUCUACUUUCGGUUUUCCUCGUUUUUAUGGGCCACCUACAAGCGCACCACCUCCACGUUUACCGGAUGUUUUUCCGAGUAGACGUAUUGACGAGCCUAAACACGAGGAUCAUCAUGAUCGAGAACGAUCGUCGCACGAUCGACAUGCAGCUUAUAGGAUGGCGGUAUCUGCCCUCACAAACGACGGCUAUCUUCGUGAUCAUCAUCAUCAUCAUCAUCAUCAUCAUCAUCAUCAUCGACCCCCUCAACCUCAUCAUCCUUCCUCACUUCCUUCUCAUCAUCACCAUCAUCAUCAUCAACAACAGCAGCAAUGCUUUGACGAUUAUCAUCGAGCUAAGGCAUCGGCUUAUCCAUCUUUAUCCUAUCCACCUUUUAGACCGUCGUCCGUGCCACAACGUGCUCCAUACGGUUCUAAUCAUCAAAACAAUAGCAUCUAUAGAACCACCGGACAAUAUCAAAAUAGGCAACAACGAAAGUGGAGCAACGCGACGGCUUCUCUUCGUGGGUUGCAACCAUCGAUACCCUGGCCAACGUGGUUCUUCCGGCCUGAUUUACCUCUCGCUUCGACUCUGCCUACAACAAGUCACGUUGCAAAUUCUAGCAACGUCACAAGUUCGAACAUAUUGUCAUCAAGAUCUCAUCAGGAUAUUCAAAAGGGAUCAGAGAAUCUUUAUAGUAACAACAGGAUUCAUGGACAAACGCCAACUAUCUGUACGUCUAUAAAAUGUACCGUCACUGGCUGUACCUGCGAGUCUUUUACUCCUGGGAAACGUCAUCUACGUUAUUGCGGAAAAUGUCAUCACGGAUGGGUGCCGCAUGCAUUAGCACGACUGUCAAGUCUCCAGAAGCAGCAACAGCAGCAGCAGCAACAGCAGCAGGAGUCUCAGCAGCAACAGCAACAGCAGCAGAGGGUCGCCAGUGGCAGCACCGUUGGAGAAGGAGGCGGAGGAGGAGGAGACGUCACCGGUGUCGCUGGAGGUGGUGGUGGUGGUGGUGGUAGUGGUGGGAGUAGCGGUGGUGGGGAGCGUAACGGCGCUGGCGGUGCCACUGCCGAUGCCGGUGGUGGUGGUAAUGCUGGUGGUGGUGGCGAACUCGCGGAGAAGGAGGAGAGGCCGCCAGCUUCAGAGACUGUCGAGCCGACGGCCGCGUUUGACGUCGCAUCCCUCGUACUCUACGGCUCGCGCGCACUCCCGAUACGCCUUAAGAUCUUGCUCGAUCAGUUGUUCAACCAGUUGCCCCACGCGCAAGUGACACGUCUACUAGCCGCCUUUGGCUGGACCUACGAGGAUUAUACGCGAGGAUACAUACUGCAGAGAAACGAAUGUGUCUCGAAUACGUCGGAUACAUCAGGAGAAUUGGAUCUAUCAGUGAUACGAUAG